ACUGGGAACUCUGGAGAAAAAAAUCGAGUUCUGACUAAAAAAAAUCGUUUGAGCAUCCAUCAAACUCGGAAUCCCAAGUCGGAAACUCGGGCAUCUUUCUAUAGCCCCGACUUCCCGACCUGAAAAUCACCGACGUCAUGGUUUGACCUCGUUUUUUCCGAGUUGUCUUGAAAGCACUGUUAAAGUAGGCGGUGCAAGUAGUAGAAGGUUCUGGAAGUUCAUCGCCAGGACGAGGGGUUGUUAUAAGUUAAACAAGGUCCUUUCUCUCAACGGCCGUCUAUUGUAACAGACUGUAACCAACAACAAUGGUGAAGGAAACCGGCUUUUAUGACAUGUUGGGUGUUAAGCCCAAUGCCACACCAGAUGAGCUGAAAAAGGCUUAUCGUAAGCUGGCCUUGAAAUACCACCCUGACAAGAACCCUACUGAGGGGGAGAAAUUUAAGCAGAUAUCUCAGGCAUAUGAGGUGCUGUCAGACUCCCAGAAGAGAGAGGUGUAUGACCGGGGAGGGGAGAAGGCAAUAAAAGGAGGGGGCAGCGGAGGUGGCGGGGGUUUUGGAUCCCCCAUGGACAUCUUUGACAUGUUCUUUGGAGGAGGUGGCCGACUGCACCGGGAGAGGAGAGGAAAGAAUGUGGUUCAUCAGCUCACAGUCUCUUUGGAAGACCUCUUCAAUGGCGCCACGAGGAAACUUGCUGUCCAGAAGAAUGUUAUUUGCGAGCGAUGUGAAGGUCGCGGGGGAAGGAAGGGUGCGGUGGAGAUGUGCAUGUCCUGUCGCGGCACGGGCAUGCAGGUGCGCCUCCACCAGCUGGGGCCAGGCAUGGUGCAGCAGGUGUCCACCGUGUGCGGGGGUUGCCAGGGCCAGGGCCAGCGUAUCAGCCACAAGGACCGCUGCAAGGCCUGCAGUGGACGGAAGAUUCUGCGGCAGAAGAAGAUCCUAGAGGUCCACAUUGACAAAGGUAUGAAGGAUGGGCAGAAGCUAGUUUUCCACGGGGAGGGAGAUCAGGAGCCAGGACUAGAGCCUGGUGACAUCAUCAUUGUCCUGGAUCAGAGAGUCCAUCCCGUCUUCACCAGGCAAGGGGAAAAUCUGAUCAUGACUAUGGAGCUGCAGCUGGUGGAGGCCCUGUGUGGUUUCCAGAAGCCUUGUCAAACUCUGGACAACCGAAGCCUCCUCAUCACCUGCCACCCAGGGGAAUUGAUCAAACCUGGCGACAAGAAGUGUGUCCUGAAUGAGGGGAUGCCCAUGCACCGCCAGCCGUUUGAAAAGGGACGCCUCAUUAUCCUCUUUUCGGUGGUAUUCCCCGAGGCCAACUUCCUCCCCAAGCACAAGCUGAAGGAGCUAGAGCACUACCUUCCUGCCAAGAGGGAGGCAGAGCAGCCCGAGAGCAUGGACGACGACCUCUACAUAUACGCCGACCUGGAGGACUGCGACCCGGCCAGAGUAAGACGCAGCCAAUACCAUUACAUGGAAGAGGAUGACUACCCGUCCGCUGGCGGGGUCCAGUGCCAGACCUCGUAAGACCCCGUCACAUCACUCCAACCCCAAAACUCCAUGGUCCAGCCCCCUCUGGAAACGUGCACAAACCGCAUCUUACAUUUUAUUCUCUUAACUUACAAUGCUAACUGUGGUGCCGAAGCGGUCCUUUAGGCUGGAUACCUGGAUCUACGUUCCAAGGUGACUCGGCUGUCUUUGUUGGAUCGUGUGCCUGAGUGGAGGAAAUUGAUUUCUGGUUAAGUUCCUUAGAGGACCAGAAAUGAAGAUUCUGAGUUUUUGGAAGCGCUAUGGAUGCUGUCACUGACUUUUUUUUUUCUUUUUUUUUAUAUAUAUAUAUAAAGUUAGAUUUUUAUGGUGUUUGAUUUGUAAAUUAGCAGGUUUUGAGCACCCUCUGUCUGCUUUGGUGUCACGGUUAGUACCGUUGGUGAUUUUGUGGUGUCCAAAGGUCACGAGAAAGAAAAUAGUUGGAAGCUAUAAUUCAUGUUGCCUAAUUGAAUCCUCACAGCGAUGAACCAUAUAGGCCUAUUUCCAUAUUGUUCCAUUUUUGAAUAAUUUAAUGUUUUUGUAUACCACAUCAGCGUAGUUGGAAGAUACUUGCCAAUUAUUACACCAACAUUUUUGUUUAAUUCAUUUUUAAUAAUGAUGUAAUGAUGCAUGUUAUCUACAUUUCAUAAAAUGCAUAUUGACCUUUUGUGAUAGUUCAUCUGUAGGAUUCAAUUGAAUCCUAUCUGCUGUAGUAUGGUAUACUUCGCUAUGUUCAACUGAUGAAAAGGUUAUUUACCCCAUUUUUAAUAUCAAGAGGUGUCUGUUUAAUUCCUCCAUUCUUCAUGGGAAUUAGUCAAACUGUAAAUAAACUUUCAAUAGACCUCAAGAAGUUCUGCUACUGGUAUCUAUGUGCUGUGACUGUCGUAAUUGUUUUGGGAUUAAAAUAAACUUAAUGGCUAGUCUUCUACUGCCAAAUUGAAAUUA